AUGCCUUAUUCGGUGGAUGAGCAAGAUGCCACCGAUGGGCGAUACGGGUGGACACCCGAACAAGGAUCGAGAGGGAUCGGCGGCUCCCAAACUCCAGAGGACAACCCCAACGCUCCUCCUCCUCUUCCUAAUAGUGUUCCUACUCAUAGUCGUGGCGGUGACAUUCACAUCCGCACCGCGUACACUCCGCCGGAGAUGGAGAAGAUGUUCAAAGCCUAUUUGGAAAUAUCCGAAGAUCCGGAAAUCGGCACGAACCAAACCAGGGAGAGGUUUUGGUGGCGCGUCUCUCGCCGCUACAAUGCCAACCGGCCGGAGGGAACCAUCGAGCGCAACGAGAGUAUGGUGUGCAAUGCCAUCUUCAGAGCCAACGAAGAAAUCCAAAAGUUCCAAGGGUAUUACCUUCAGGAACAGCGGUCGGCGGGGAGCGGCAUGAGCGAGGCCGACAUCAUCACGGCCACCAUGUCGACCUACCAUUGCAUGCAUUACAAACCAUUCAAGCACCUCAUCGCUUGGCAGCAGGUGUAUAAAAAUCCGAAGUAUAGGGGAGGCUUAUCAUCCUCCUCUAGCUCCUCCAGCAAACGUCGAGGUCGUUAUCCCUGUCCGACGGCAACUCCGAUGAGGUGGCUAGCCAGCUUGCCGGAACUAACUUGGGUAGCCCCAACGCCAUCCGAGCAGUUCCCAACGCCGGCCGCAAGGAAGGAAGAAAGCGACAGCGGUUGCGACUCCAUCCGCCCCUGCUCCCGCUCACACUCCCUCUGUGCCACCUCAACCCCCCACCAACUCGUUGUGGACCUUUUUGGCUCAACUCAAUUUGGCCGAUAG